AUGACCGCACUUGUUGGGAAUCGACGUGACGAGCUCCGAAAUCCCAACACAACCUUUGCCUUGAUGCCCAUUUUGGAUUCACUUCCACACGCCGCUCCCAUCGUGGUUCCCAUCGUUGCGACUGUCGUCCUUGUGAAAUGGGUUUACGACGUGUGCGAGCAAUCGGCACUAAUGUUACAACGUUUAAUGGCGUACAUCGUUGACUUCACAAUUAUUAUGCAAGUAAUUUUCGGCCUCGUGGUGAACGCCCGUUUGCGCCUUUCCCGCCGCCUGAUCAAGCUCGUCCUCAAUACGUACAAUAUUUCAGAGGAGAAGGGCACAGUUCAUAAGGAGAUCAAGGAACAUGUGAAGCUGGCAGGCCGCUUUGACCGGGAUGCAGCUCUGGCUAAGAUCAUCCAAUUGGUCAAGGAGUAUCAGAUGAAACCCGAGAACAUGGAGGAGUUACAAGCUAAGAGGUUCGAGAACAAUGACGACGAGGAUUGGGGCGUAUGCGAAGCGUGA